AUGGCAUCCUCCGAGGGGAUCCGGUCCGGCUUGCAUCUAGACAAUGACCAUGGGCUCGGAAAGCGUUCUCACGUGCUCAAGGACGCCGUCCGGAACAGCAUGGUGAUUGUCUUUGGCGAGUUCUGCGGCACCUUUAUGUUCCUGUUCCUGUCGUUCCUGGGGGCCCAAACCGCCAUCAAGUACAACGACCCCAACGACCCGUCGGCUCCUCUGCUGCCCUUCAGCCUCAUGUACAUUGCCAGCUCGUUCGGAUCGGCCCUGGCUGUCAACGUAUGGGUCUUUUACCGAGUCACCGGUGGCUUGUUCAACCCUGCCGUCACGCUGGGCUUGCUCCUCGUGGGAGCCGUCACGCCGCUGCGAGCGCUCAUGAUUGUGCCCACGCAGAUCGUGGCUGGCAUCUGCGCUGCCGCCGUGGCCGACGCCAUCACCCCUGGUCCGCUGACCGUCGCCAACGCCCUCGGCGGCGGCACCAACAAGACCCAGGGCGUCUUCCUCGAGAUGUUCCUGACGGCCCAGCUCGUCCUGACGGUCUACUUCCUGGCCGUGGAGAAGCACCGGGCCACGUACCUGGCCCCCAUUGGCAUCGGCAUCUCCGUCUUCAUCGCCCACAUUGUCGGCACCAGCUUCACCGGCACCGGCAUCAACCCCGCCCGAUCCUUCGGCCCUGCCUGCAUCCAGGGCUUCGUGGGAUACCACUGGAUCUACUGGCUCGGGCCCUUUAUGGGGUCGCUGCUGGCCUACGCCGUCUACUCCCUCUUCAAGUGGCUGGCCUACCAGAGCGCCAACCCGGGGCAGGAUGCCGACGACGUCGAGAGGGCCUUUCCCCCGGUCUCGUCCGAAAGCGGUCGCCUGCCCACCCACAAGCACGGCGCAGGCGCCCACGCCUCAUCGCACCUCGCACCAGGGAGCGGAAACGCCCACGACAGGACGAAUAGUGAAAUCAGUGGCGGCACUCUGCAGGGGCCAUCGUCUUGA